AUGUCGAGCGCGAUGAAGGCAUCCAAGGCUUCAAAGACCUCCCAUGGUGGGAGCCCGGGCAACGCUUCGCCUACCAAUGGCUCCCAGAAGGUGGUCGGGCCGAACAUCAAAGGAAACCGGGAGGAGUACCAGCUGGUGAUGCACCUUCAGUCCGCCCUCUUUGGGGGAGUCUACGAGGCCAAGGGGCGCUCCAGUGGCAAGGACUAUGCGAUCAAGGUGCUGCACAAGAGCGAGCUCCAGAAGGUAGAGGAGAACGACUCCAUCGAGUUCUGUGAAGUUCCACUAAGUGAACUCAAGUUUGCCGAUGUCAUGAAAGGGCACGAGCAUGUCAUGGAAGUCGAAGAGCAUUUCGAAGACCAGUAUUGCCAUUACUGUGUAUUCGAGCUGUGUCGAGGUGGGGAUCUGCUGGAAGCGUUGAAGCAGAAGCCAAUGGGCUUCGACGAGCGGCAGGCGCAGUUCCUGAUCCGACAGGCAGUGCUGGGCCUCGCCCAUCUGCACGACCGAGGAGUGGCGAUGCAGGACGUCUCCUUGGAGAAUAUGCUGCUAAACAUCAACCCAAGCUCGGGCCACUGGCAGGUGAAGAUCUGCGAUCCUGGUCAGGCUGUGCGGUUCCAGACAGACUCCAAUGGCCAGGAAAAGCCCGUAGGCUUUCAUGGACUUGUGGGCAAGUCCUUCCGCCCACCAGAGCUGCACGACCACAAGCCGUACCUUGCAACGAAGGUGGACUCCUGGUGCUUGGGCUGGAGCACCUUUUACCUGCUUACGGCGCAGCCGCUUUUCAUGAGCGCCGAUCCUGCGCUCAAGGACACCGACUGGCAGCUCUUUAAGAGCGGCAAGUUUGACGAGCUUUUCAAAACAAAGUCGCCGAACUUCUCGCCAACUGGAAUUGACUUCAUCUUCAAACUUCUCCAGUUUGAGCCUUCCAAGCGGAUGUCAAUUGCAGAUGCCUGCAGCUUGGCUUGGUUGAAUGAUGCCAGCGUGCAACCAGUUCCCGCACCCAAGGAGCUGCUCCCUGACUCCCUGAUCCGAACCAAUGAGGUCCAGGUGCCGGCGCCGGUGCCCUCAAAGCCCGCUCCGCCCCCUGCGGAGCGUCCCGACUUUAUGGGAGGCUCGCUCUCUGCCAGCAUCCCCUCCAUGACGGCUUCCUUGGGAGCUCCUGCCAUUGGCUCACCGAUGAGGCCGAUGACGCACACUCUACCGACCUGGUCUGCUGCGCCGAUACAAGGUGUUGUGUCCACGACCACGAAGAUGGUGGCGCCCCGCACGCCACUUAUGAGAGUUCGAAGUCCGUCGAGCCGAUCCCCACGCCAAAGCUUCGCAGCGGAGGUUCAGAUGGUGCAGAGCGCCGAUCGUCGGAGUCGAGCCUUUCAGCCCCAGCGGAGGUCCCAGAGGACCGCCUACUCGGGAGCUUAUGUGGUGGCCACUGCCCAUUCCCCAGCGCCCAUGGCACUGCGUGGCACAUCCGGGCGGGCUCUGCCGCAUGCACCACCCGCCGGAGAAAACCAUGGCGUGGUAGCGGGCCACAACUACUACUCCCACAGUCAUGAUGGGGGACGUGCGAACUUUAUCGCCACACCCAGGUCAAACUCCAGACCGCGGCCCUCAGCGACAUUGGCUCCAUCGCCGCUGCCGCUGGCAGAGCCCUCGAGCGAACAGCGCGGGAGGCCGCUGUGGGCCUUUGGAGGGCCAACCAAGGAGGGCGCGCCGCCAAGAAUGGGCAGCGGCACUUCGGACUUCCAGGGCCCGGCCCGGGCAGCCUCGCCGGUUCCUGUGGCCUCCAUGGCCAUGCCAAGGGUUGCUUCACCGGGGCCCCCUGGCGGCAUCUCCUUUGUGGCCGCGGAUGGCAGAAGGGCUUUGAGCCCGGCGCGCCACGUGAUCGUGUCGAGAUCGCCUUCGCCAGUGGAGUUAAAUCGCGGUGCCAGCCCGGCGAUCAGAGGGACCUCAGCAGGCUUUAGUUGGACACCGGUGUCCAUCUCACCACGCAUGCCUGCUUUCGCAGCCUGUCACCGCCCAUGGUGGGCGGCUUCGCUUGGAUGCCAGAGUUGGGCUCCCCUCGUGCAUCUCCCCGGGCCUUCUCACCGGGGCCCCCGCAGUCCAUCAGCUUUGCGCGGGCGCCGAGCAUGGUGGCAGCGUCGGGGUAUUCCACCAGCGUGCGGACUUGAGUCUUGCAUUCCCAUGCGUCCACAGAUGGCGGGGGCAUUCGCUCCAGAAAUUGCUGCCAGGUUCCAUCCGAAAAAUGCGUGUAGAUAG